AUGUCUGGCGUGCAUCUGCAAGAAGAGCUCCUUCAGUCGACCGCUAGUGUCGUCGUACAGACGCGAUACGGUCAGAUAAAGACUAGGCGUGCAGCCAAUGGCGCGGCUGUUUUCUUGGAAGUCCCAUAUGCGUACCCUCCAGGUAGAUUCGAGGAUCCGAAAGCUUUACUACCCCAAUAUCGGUAUGAAGACAAGGAAUACGUAUAUGAGAGCAGCUACUGUGCCCAGCCGAACAAUGAUGGCCAGACCGCUGGUAUGGCUUGCGAGGAUGUCCUGGGCUUGGGCAACCCCACGGAAAACCCAUUGUUCGUUAAUAUUGUCGUCCCGCCUCAGGGAACUCUCGUCUCGAGAUAUCCGGUUAAGGUGUAUAUUCAUGGAGGGUUCCUGCAGUUCGGCUCUCCCCACGGUCUCAGCGGGCAAGCUCAGUAUGUUGCGGCAGAGCGCUCGGAGGUGUGGGUGAAUAUUGGCUACCGUCUAUCCGCAUUUGGUUUCCUUGCAUGCGAUGAGCCGAAGGUCGACGGAAACUUCGGAUUCAAAGAUCAGUGGCUUGCGCUGCUGUGGAUUCGAGACAACAUUGAGGCCUUCGGAGGGGAGCCGUCUGACAUACAAGUGAUAGGUCUCUCUGCAGGUGCUCAUUCGGUACAUCAGCUUCUCCACCAUAUAUCCCACUUGCCCAAUGACGAGCAAUCACCGUUUCAAUCUGCUAUGCUCCAAUCUAAUGCUAUGUUGACGAACCCAAAGACGCCCGCUGAGCUGCGUACACAGUUCCGCGCACUCUGCAGAGCCCUUGACCUCGACCCCGACGUGCCCGAUGUCCUGCAGACCCUACGCGACCCCGCCAAGGUGCCCGCUUCCGCGAUCACUCACGUCAUUGAGACCGACGCUGUAGGCGUUGAGAAUGGCACAUAUCGCGGCUGCCUCGAUGGCACAUGGUUACCCGUCUCGCCGCCGCCGAUGACCUGGCAGCGUUCCGGCGGGCUCGCGCAUGGGCUGCGCAACAAAGGCGUGCGCAGCAUCGUCGUCGGCGACCUCACGGAAGAAUGGUACCUCUACGCGAUCGCGCACCCGUUGGGUAGCGUGCUCGAUAUACCUCGUAACAUGCAGCGCUAUUAUCCCGCGGAUAUCGUCGCGCGGCUGAUCCCGCUGUACCGCACGCUAGGUGUACAUGCGUCCGAGGACGAGGUGAAGCGUCUUUUCGGCGACAUGACGGGAGACGGGCAGGUGCACUUUCCGGUGCGCUUGCUGACGCGGGACCUGAUGGCAGCCAACUUCCCUGUCGUACGUUAUGAGAUCCGCUGGACGCCCGAGCAGGUUCGACCUCUCGGCUAUGUCACGCAUGCGACGGACAGACCUAUAUGGGCUCUGCGUCUGCCGGCCCUAGAUACAGAGCAAGUGGAUGUGGCACGCAAGUGGUUGGAUACCGUUGCGGCAGAGGUAAAACUAGUUGAGACACAGGGAAACACACAUGGUCUACAGGAGGUGCUUGCUCUUAAGGAGGACAGAUCUAUUGGCUGGAAGGUGGACGAGAGAUGGAACGGGCUUAUGCGGCUCCGGGAGGCACUUCCGAGCGAGGAUGGUGAGCUCCCAUGA